AGCAAAGCUGCUAGAACAUCCCAGGCCCCCAUUCAUGGCACGCUGCCCAUUCAACACAAACAGCUUUGGCAGCAGCUCAAAGGGGGUCUUUGAGCUGCCACAGCAAAGAGUCUACCAGAGACCAGAACUGACAACAGCAGCUUCUCCACAGCUGAAGUACUCAGACAGAGCAUUUAUCACUGAGGAGUCAGAAGCAGAGGAUCCUUAUUACGUCACCAUGUACUACCCAGGUUCAGUGUAUGUGGACAUGUCAGACAUAGUUCCUCCAGAGGUUAGACCCAAACCAGCCGUCCCUGCCAAGCCCCCAAACGUGGGGGCUGCCUCCCCUUCUAGCCCCUUCCCACCCCAGGGCCUUGGUGUUGGUAUUUCUGCUCCACCUCCGAGUGCAAUUCCAGUUCCCAUUGGAAGUCACGGACCAGGACACGCUGGCAGUCAUGGAGUGGGUCACAGUGCCGGCCAUGGUGUCGGCCAUGCUGGUAGUCAUGCUGCGCCGCACAGUGGAAGUCACGGCCAUGGGGGCUCCCACAGCUCAAGUGGGGGAUCCACUCUGCUAGGGUAUAUUGGCAUCGACACCAUCAUUGAACAGAUGAGGAAGAAGACGAUGAAGGCAGGCUUUGACUUUAAUAUCAUGGUAGUUGGUCACAGUGGCCUUGGGAAGUCGACUCUGGUGAACACCUUAUUUAAGUCCCAGGUGAGCAGGAAGAGUGCAGGAUGGGCGCGUGAUGAGAAGAUCCCCAAAACUGUGGAGAUUAAGUCAGUGUCUCAUGUGAUUGAAGAAGGGGGUGUCAAGAUGAAAUUGACAGUUGUGGACACUCCAGGCUUUGGAGACCAAAUCAAUAAUGACAACUGCUGGGAGCCCAUUUCUAAGUACAUCAAUGAGCAGUUUGAAAAGUUCCUGAAGGAGGAGGUCAACAUCACCAGGAAGAGGCGCAUCCCUGACACCAGGGUCCACUGCUGUCUCUACUUUAUUUCCCCAACUGGUCACUCUCUUCGGCAGCUGGACAUCGAGUUCAUGAAGCGCUUGAGUCAUUCAGUCAAUAUCAUUCCUGUUAUUGCCAAAGCGGACACAAUGACCAUCGAGGAGAGGCAAGAGUUCAAACAGAGGGUAAGAAAAGAGCUGGAAAUGGGUGGAAUUGAGUUUUACCCACAGAAAGAGUUUGAUGAUGAUAUGGAGGACAAGAGUGACAAUGAUAAGAUCAGAGAAACGAUGCCCUUUGCUGUGGUGGGGAGUGAUAAAGAAUACCAAGUGAAUGGCAAGCGAGUUCUAGGGAGGAAGACAGCGUGGGGAAUCGUAGAGGUUGAAAAUCCAAACCACUGUGAGUUUGCUCAGCUGAGAGAUUUCCUGAUCAGGUCUCACCUCCAGGAUUUGAAGGAAGUCACCCACAACAUUCACUAUGAAACGUACCGUGCCAAGAGACUGAACGAGAACGGAGGUCUGCACCCCAUAUCCUCCAAUGACACCCAAGAGAGCAACCUGUAGUCAGUCAGUGAGGACAGUUCAGAAAAAGCUAACGGAGGGCAAUGAAGCUUAGUGAUGAGUCCACGAAAUCUUUUAUUCACUGUCACUUCAGCAUUGCUGCAUGUGUGGAAAAAUGUUUAAUCUGUAAAGCUUGGUGUCAUUAAUGUAAUACUCCACCCAACUUUUUCUCCACCUUCCUCUCCAAGUCAGCUCCAUCCAACAUAUCAAACUCACCUGCUUUCAUUUCAGAGUAUGUGGAAGCAAAGAAAGUCAGAGACUUAGUGCCAUUACAAAGUGAACAUAUUAUCUACUGCCAAUGCGUUUAUUUCUCAUUAACCACAGUGCACGUUAAAAAAAGGGCCACAUUAUUAUUAUUAACUGUAUGAGAGGUUAAACCUUUAAGUUUUAUUAAUGCAUAGCAACUGAUGCCUGACUUAAGACAAAGAAAAGGAUUAGUUUAAAUGCUAUAACUCCUGUGUAAAAGUGAAGCUGUCACAGUUCUAAACAGCAGGUGUUCAUAUGUGUAAAUAAUCCCUGUGGUUUUCCGUCAGGAGGGCCGAACAAACGUUACAAGCAGCGCUGUCCUCUUUAAUAACCAAAUCCACAAAGGAAACAAGGGACAUUUAUUAAACGUUCCCCUGAACUUUUUACAUUUAAAGUUUGAAAAAUGACCUGCAUACUAAACUGGGAGGUAGUAGAAAUAUUUGAAAUCUUGUAAAGGGCAUCAGUGUGUGUGUGUGUGUGUGUGUGUGUGUGUAAAAGUAGAAUCAAUAUGGUGAAUGAUGGCAUGCUGCAGAUUCAAUGAUUCAACAUUUCAGUUCCAACUCAAGAGUAUUUGGGAUCAAAACGUAACAGCUUGUUAUGUUUUAGGAAGGACUUUUACUGUAUUUUUAUCUAGAUUUAACAUCAAAGAUUCAGAUUGAUCCUGUGACGCGUUUUUUACACUUAGAGACAUCAGGCUUUUGAUUAAAUGUAGAAUUUAAUUCAUUCUGACUUGAAACAAGAACUUAGGUAAUUUUGUCCACAGUAGGAGUUAGUUAGUGUUUUAGAGCCACUUUGCACAAAGUUUUUUUAAGCCUUGAAAGUUUAUAUGAUGAUCAGGAGAGCAGCCCUUGCUGAAUUUGUGAUUUAUUUUAAAACACAUGUGAGUGCAGCAGAACUGUAAAUUAUUCAUGCUGCCAUGUUGGGAUAAAAUUCUUGCUGCUCGCCACUAGGUGGCAGCACCCAACAAUGUAAAGACUGAAAUCACAGCUAGAAAGACACUGGCCUUAAAGCAGUGGUUCCCACCUUAUUUUCCUUGAGGAUCCCCUUCCUCAAGAUGGGGGGGGGGGGGGGGGGGGGGGGUCUUCUUGGGGGGUGAGGGACCCCAGGAUGGGAACUACUGGAGCUACUGCCUUAACUGCAACCUCUCAGAUUAGGCUUUUUUUUUUGUCAUAUCAGUCGAAUCAGUAUUAUUUCCCAAUAAAGUUUACAGAGCUGGCACCUCCCCCACUUCUACCAGUGGUAGUAAACAUAUCUUAGUUUCAGGAUUAACAAAAACUUUAAUAGUCCUCCAGUGUUUUGCACUUGGGCUGUAAACAUGUUUACCAAAUUUUCUUCUGGAAUUCAUCCUUGCUCUUCUGCCAUGUACAGUUUGCUGUGGAGAACAAAUAUGCCAAAACUGCAGAGUAAUUUAAUUUUUCAGUAAAUAGAUUUGUGCAAUUUAAGAAGUCAGAAAUGUUUCUAUGAUGUUAAUAUGACAAAAUGAUGAUAGCUGUGAUUUCUGUGCAGUUCAGGGUCUUGGAGCAGAAAUGUGAGCCCAUGUUUUAGACCACUCUUUCUCUUGUGUUUGUGUGCAUGCUUGUGUCCAUGCUGCUGGUUUGCUGACAGCCAUUGUUGCAUCUUUAUGUCAACUUACAGUUUCUGAAUGUGUGAUGUGUGCAUUAAUCUAAUAAAUCAUCAAGCUAUCUUAACCCUGUAAAUUAAGUGACCCCCCCACUCAUGACUUUCUUCUUUCAGUCAGUGUAACUUCACUAUGUACAUUUAUUUAAUGACCACUUUAUGCAAAGUUGCUGAUACAUCUGAGGUAUAAUUUCCAAUGUUCUUUAUACAUUGAUGUCAUAUUAAUGUAAUUUAUUCUUUAUUUAAUAAAAGCAUUUGUCCAUG